AUGUCCUUUAAAGGUUUUGCACACCUAGAGGAAAUAGUGCAAACUUCGUCAGAAGUUGCGUCAUUAAAUUUUUCAACGAAUGAUGCACGCGUAACUGCCCUAUUAAAACCUUCAGCAAGCCGAAGGGUCAUUCGUGAGGCUGCACCACAUGAACGCAAAUUAUUUACACUUGUUGAAGAGCUCGGCACAACAUCUCGAGAAGAAUUAGAACAGCCCACUCCAUUGCGCGGUCCUGAACCUGUAACAGUUGAUAAGAUAUUACGAGCUGCUAAUGUUCUAGCUCAAAUAUGUAAUCUUCAGGAUGCCAAAGAGCAAAUUGAGUUUUUGGCGCAACGUCACGAAGAAAUCACGUCUUCAAUAGAUAGUUUGGAGUCCAUAAUGGAAAAGCAAAAGAUCAAUCUAGAAAAAUGUAAAAUUGCUGAACGAGCAAAAAAUCUAGAUCAAGUUAAUAGAGGUGGUGAGGCUUCGUCUUCAGGCAAUCAAAUGUCAAAGAUCGAGGAAGAGAUCUGGCAUCAUGAAAAAGAAAUUCUUGCAUUAGAAAUGAUAAAAAAGGAGUAUAUAAAGAAGGUGAACUCUCUUGAUGAAGAAUUAUCUGAGCAGAAACACUUAGAAGAAGAGGAGAUCAAAUUGAAUCAUCGUUUGGGAAUGAUGGUUUUAAAUGAUGACGACAAUUUUGAUGAUAUAGAUGAUUCCGAUGAUAUAAUAGCCAGUCAUGAACUAGCCGAGAGAUUGCAACUUCUUGAAUUUAAGAAAGAAAUCCUUGCAGAAUUAGAUACUCAACUUGAAGAGUUAGAAGAAAUUUCAUCACGGCAAAUGUAUACUGGUGACUUUGGCCAUUUAAAGUUUAAAUUUCAAAAUAUAUCGAAGAAGGCAGACAUGGAGACUAAUGAAGCUCAAGCGGAAGGGAAUCAUGUCAUAAAAGUGAUCAAUAACACUCUGAUUGAUUACGUCGCAUCUACAUUAGAACAAAGUGAUAUCGAUUCGAACGCUCCAAUACCAGUUCCAUCGCAACAAGCGAUUAUUGCUGCAAUAAUUCUACAAAUCUUUCGUAAUGUAGGAGGCGAGCUGUUUCUUGCUGAUCUUAAAAGUCGGAUUGGUCAAGUUAUACGCGAGAAAGGAUGGCAGGAAAAUGAAGGAAUAAAAGCCCUUUAUCUUCUUGUUGCCAAUAAGCUUGUUAGCAUUGAUCGAUCGCAAAUGGCUUGCCCAGUUAAAGCAGAAUUGUGA